AACAUAUUGAUCAUUACGAACGUUGUGCCCAAACGUGAAAGUUAUGUUCAAGUUUACGAUUAUUGUGGCGGUUGUGUUCGCUUUCAUAGCGAAUACAACAUGCCAUCCUUCCUUUGAGUCUUCGAGUAGACUUCGCCAGCACUUAGAUAGCCAAGAAACCCUGUCACGCAUCGCCAGGAGUGUGGAACAACUCGAACCUACGAGCCAGCAACACUUCGACAGCGUAGAGACUCUGUCUAGGGUUGCCAGGAGUGUUGAACAAUUAGAAGCUGCGAGCCAGGAGCACUUAGAUAGCCAAGAAACCCUGUCACGUAUCGCCAGGAGUGUGGAACAACUCGAACCUACGAGCCAGCAACACUUCGACAGCGUAGAGACUCUGUCUAGGGCUGCCAGGAGUGUUGAACAAUUAGAAGCUGCGAGCCAGGAGCACUUAGAUAGCCAAGAAACCCUGUCACGUAUCGCCAGGAGUGUGGAACAACUCGAACCCACGAGCCAGCAACACUUCGACAGCGUAGAGACUCUGUCCAGGAUUGCCAGGAGUGUUGAACAAUUAGAAGCUGCGAGCCAGGAGCACUUAGAUAGCCAGGAGACAUUGUCUAGGGUUGCCAGGAGUGUGGAACAACUCGAACCCACGAGCCAGCAACACUUCGACAGCGUAGAGACUCUGUCUAGGGCUGCCAGGAGUGUGGAACAACUCGAACCUACGAGACUGCAAAACUUAGACAGCCAGGAGACAUUGUCCAGGGUUGCCAGGAGUGUGGAACAACUCGAACCUGCGAGCCAGCAACACUUCGACAGCGUGGAGACCCUGUCUAGGGCUGCCAGGAGUGUCGAACAGCUUGAACCUACGAGCCAGCAACACUUCGACAGCGUGGAGACUCUGUCUAGGGCUGCUAGGAGUGUUGAACAACUUUAAGCGUGCGAGCCAGGAGUACUUAGAGAGCCAAGAGACGCUGUUAUUGUAGGUAUUGUUUUAAAAAAUGACGAGUUUUGACAAUACAUAUUAGAUUUCAAUUUGGAAUUCCAUUUAGCAAUCCCAUUUUACUGAAUUGUCAAUAUAACCCUGUGAUGACAGAUUCAAAAAUAAAAGUUUUAGUAACUGAA